AUGGCCAUUAGUACUGCCUCGGUAAAGUAUCACUUCGGUCGUUUGCCGACCCUCAUGAAGGCUAAGAAUAAGGAAGAUGAUCUGAGAACGGCGGCAGUUUAUAUGGAGACAGCGGGCUUACAACAGCUUCUGCCCAAUCUAUUUCUCGAUUCCACAAGUCUCAAGAGCGAACUCUAUCGCCUGAACACCAGCUUUAGUGCAGAGAAGGACCGGCUUCUAGCUCGAAUCACCGAUAUCUAUGAUGAUUUGCACCGCUUCUUCGACAGGGACUCGGGGUUAACUAGACCAACCGCCUCGAAAGCGACGAUUUCCUUCCAGGAAUUGCACGCUCGUGCAUCUACAUUGUAUAAGUGUUUAGCACAUCAGUGGAAGUGCUGCUGUGCUACUGCACACAAAAUCGGCAUCAACGCGCACCUUAAAGCUACCAAGUCACCGGCCAUGUCUAAGAGCGAGUAUUUUGACAUCUUACUUGACGCCAAGGACUGCAGAACACAGCCAAGGCUGCAUUUCGAGGCUCCCAACACCACUGGUGAAUCGGAUAAGACGAUGUUUCCGCUUGCGGCACCGAAAGCAAACUCCGCGAUAGAUAUCAAGAACCGGGUGCUUUUCAAACAGCAGAUUAAGUCUGGGGCUGAUGCGGCAAGUGAGAAGAGCAUUUCCGCGUUGGCAAUUACGUCUCUGGCGAUUUCAGCCCAUGCACUUGAGGCGACACGCCGAUCUAUACUCAGGAACGCAACGAACAAGCUGAAAAAGCUUCAGAGUCGGACCCGCAUGACAAGCGGUGCACAAUCGUCAUCCCUUGACGGCCCGUCCGAGAAGAGCACUAGGUUGAGUCCCGUGGUGACAGGCACAUUCAGCACAUCAAGCACCGCAUCUGAGGUGACUAAUGAUCCGAGUCUGUAA